UGGAACAAGCAGUGUUAAAGGUUAUGGCUGCAAUUAGGGGGACGUUUUUAUUUGCUGGUGGUUCGAUAAUAAUAAAUUGAAGAAUGAUAUAUUGGAAGUGUUUUUAAAAUUGUUUUCGAUGGACAUUGAAAUCGAGGAAGGUGAAAAAAUGAAGGCAAAAUCGUCGAAGCGAAUGGUUGGAAUGAUAAUAAGGUCUAGAAAAUCAAUUGCCAAGGAUGCUGUUGUAACUACGUCCGGAAUCGGCCAGCCCAGCCUCUACCAUGCACUGGUUGUCAUCUUCUUGGAAUUCUUCGCGUGGGGUCUCCUGACCAUGCCGCUCAUAUCAGUAUUGAACAACACAUUUCCGGACCACACGUUCCUCAUGAACGGCCUGAUCAUGGGCAUCAAGGGCAUCCUCUCCUUCUUGAGCGCCCCCUUGGUCGGCGCCCUCUCCGACGUGUGUGGCAGAAAGCUGUUCCUCCUCAUCACGGUGUUCUUCACGUGCAUCCCCAUUCCCCUAAUGACAAUAAAUACUUUUUGGUUUUUCGCCAUGAUCAGUAUUUCGGGCGUGUUCGCCGUGACUUUCAGUGUUGUUUUCGCCUACGUGGCCGACGUUACCGACGAGAAGGAUAGAUCGCUGGCUUACGGGUUGGUUAGCGGGACGUUCGCGGCCAGCAUGGUCAUUUCUCCGGCUUUGGGGGCGUAUCUCAUGGAAAGAUGGUCCUUAUCACUAGUGGUAGCGCUAGCGACUGCGGUAGCCAUCUUGGACGUGUUUUUCAUUCUGGUAGCAGUGCCUGAGAGCUUGCCCGAGAAAGUUAGAGUCUCGCCGAUUAGCUGGGAACAGGCAGAUCCAUUUGCAUCGCUGAGGAAUGUAGGACAAGAUCCGACGAUUCUACUUCUGUGCAUUGCUGUUUUUCUCUCUUAUUUACCAGAAGCUGGCCAGUACAGCUGUCUCUUUGUUUAUCUCAAGCUGGUGAUGGGUUGGAGUGCCCCUAUGGUGGCAGUCUUCGUUGGGUUGGUGGGUUUGCUGGCGGUUAUCACACAACUUUGUCUAGGGGUUCUCAUAAAGAAUUUGGGUUCAAAACACACCAUUAUGUUGGGUCUUCUUUUCGAAAUGCUCCAACUAUUGUGGUACGGGUUUGGCACAACAACGUGGAUGAUGUGGGGUGCCGGUAUUCUUGCCUCAAUGAGCUCAAUAACUUAUCCUGCCAUUUCUGCAUUCGUUUCGGUUCACAGCACAGCUGACAGGCAGGGUGUUGUUCAAGGUAUGGUGACUGGAAUGAGAGGGCUUUGCAAUGGAUUGGGUCCUGCUAUGUAUGGCAUCAUAUUUUAUAUUUUCCAUGUUGAUUUGAAUGCGGAUAAUGAUCAAAAUCCAACACAUUCCACGCCAACUUUUGAUACUUACGCGCAGCUUGUGCCAGGUCCACCUUUUGUUUUUGGAGCAUUUCUAGUCAUUUGUGCUCUUUUCGUCGCUUCGUUCAUACCAACCAAAACUCAAGUUGAUACAAGUAUUCCUCUAGACACACACUACGAGAUAGAAUGUGGACAGAAAAUUGCUGGUACACUAAGUCCCCUUAUACCUAGUAGAAACAUAGACGCAGCAAUUCUGUAGAGCGCAAAUGUAACAGAUACGUGAAUAUUAGAAAAUGACAAUUCAAGCUGGCUGCACACUUUUCUAGAAUCCAAGAGAUCUCAGAUUGACAUAUUUUGAAUAAAUGUAUAUAAAGAGUGUGCGGGUGAUACAAAGAUCGCUGUGACAUUUUAGGAAAGUGUAUACUUAACAUAUUUGUUAAUAUAUGGUUGUUGAAAGAGUAUUUCAUUUACGGAGGCUGAUCAGGUAUUUUUUAAUUUAGGCUAUAUGUUACGCUUAAUUUAUGGACUUUGUACUGCUUCUGAAGGUUGUCGAAUUAUUUCAGAUUUCAGGAGAAGGACAAUAGGUUCUUUUUGGAUGUUGUGUACCUCCCCAUUUUUUUAUUGGGGAUUUUCUGGACCAGUCCAGUCACGAUUCAUUAAGGUCAUUAUAAACCAUGAAAAAUGUUUUUUGUUCUGAAUUUAGAGCUUCAUUUAAUAUAAACAUUUAUUUCGGUAGAUAUACUUUUGAAGAAUUUUUUAUCUUCUAGCUUCUCCAUUUGGAUGUAAUAUGCAAAGAAGUGAAGCACAAUGAACUUUCUAAUAAACCAGGAAAAUCAAUGAUACUUUCUGUUCAUAUUCAGAGAAAAAUUUCCAUGUUUCCCUUCGUCCUGUUUAUUGAAUUGAAAUUAUUCAAGUGGGGUAGUCAUCUCAAUAAUGUAAAUGAUUUUUCAAUUAUAUUUAUUGAGACACAAAUGUAGUAAUUUAAAAAGUGAUACAAGCCAGAUGCACAGAAAGUUAAAUUCCUUUGAUUUAUUUUCCCUCAAGAAAUGUUUCUCUACAAAACUUUUCUGUUUUUUCAUUGUAUACCAAAGUUGCUCUAAUUUUUUACCUCUAUGUGAUAUCUCAUAUCAGCAACAUACCAAAUGGAAUUAGAAUGUUUAAAAGGUAUUUGUGAUAGUUCGAGAACGUUUCAAAGUGGCUCAAAUUUUCCAAACAGAUAUCAGUCAAUUUUUAUAAGAAAAUUAUUCCUAUAGUAUCUACAUGUUAUGUGCACAUACUCUAAAAAACAUGUCUCACUAGCUGUCUUUCUAUUUUUGAUUUCUGAUAAGUGUACAAAGAUAGUUAUUAAGCAAUAGCAAUCAAAUGCUUCAACUCUUUUUAGUUUUUUUAUCAGUUCUUUUACUUGUUUUCGAGUUCCACCGAACUCUGUUAUAGAUCUCUUCAUGUACAGGGUGUUCUUCGAGUCAUUGCGAAAACUAUUGAUGUUAAUGGUUAUGAAAUGAAUUUCUGUUGUCAGUAACAGGCCAAUUUGAAAACUGGUCCGGUUACUAACAUAUAAAAAAUGUAAAGUGGCAGGUCUUGAACAUCACCGAGACUGGAUCUCUAUACUUCUAUUCACGGUUAGAGCUGGUGAUUUGAUUCGAACAUUACUUGUUCGUUUGACAAUAUUUUAUGAACACGCUGUAUAUAUUUUUUCGAAGCGAAGCUUUUAGAAUUGCUGUUAAAGUGUAAUAUAUUUAUUGUAACUACAACCUAAGGCAAAAUUGAUUUUAUUUAUUGUUGGAAUUGUAGUCUACUUAACUUAAAAUGUUUUUUUGACAGACAAAUAAAUUUAUGCAAAAAAG